CAAGUCUCAUCGGUGCUUGAAGCGUGCGCUGCAAUGUGGUUGCUAACGUUCACGGGUUGAAAAGGAUGCCAGGGCUGACCCGACUGUGUUGGCCUUGUCUAGACCGUGGGAAUUAUACGGCGACGUGUUUCACGUGAAUGCGUCGUGCGGCAAGUGGCGCGAAAAGGCGGAAGCCAUCAUGACCGUCUACGUGGAUCGAACGAACGGCGCGGCGCUCGAAAUGCGACGCAGUUCCAUCUUGUUUCGUUAUGCGGGCGCCGACUACGGCUUUGGGGUCAUGCAAGCGCGGGACCUCUUCCAGCAACUCACGACCGCGUUUCAAGGGUGGCCGCUGAGCGUGAUCCAAGGCAAAGAUUACAUCGAAGUGCGGCCGGAAGGGCUUGGGAAGGGCCAAAUCGUCAAGCAGAUCCUCAGGAAAGUUCACGCCGACUCGGGCAAGGAUGUCGCCGAAAGGUCCCCACGAGGCACCACGUCGUCAAUUGGACCGAUUGAUUUCGUGUGGACGAUGGGCGACGACGUUGCCGACGAACUCAUGUUCGAUGCGGCGCGGGUCUGCGGCCAUGACCUGAACAUUCCGUGCGUGUUGACGUGCACAGUCGGCCACAAAUCGUCGCAAGCGCAGUAUUUCGUGACAGAUCACCAUCAAGUCGUGGCUCUCCUGGCUGCUGUUCGCGUCGCUCUGACCAAGACGUCGCGGUACCAUUCGGUGGGCGACAUGCAGUCGAUUCUGGCCAAGCACCUGCACCACCACGCGCCACAACUGACGUACAAUUCGUCGGCAUUGCUGCCCAUGGACCAAGGAUCGGAGCUCUCGCGCAAACCGUCGUCCAAAGCGCUGAGGCAUCCACGGGGCCUCGCGCCCGUCCUCGAAGAAGACCAGAGCUCGCGCAGCUUGGACAUCCCAGUUCUGCCCGCAGCCUCUACAACUCUGGACGACCAUUCGUCAACUCGUCGCAACUCCUUGGCGUGGAUGGCCCUAGCUGCCGUGGUGGUUGCGCUCUCUGGUCGAAUGCCGUCUCCAACGUUGUGGAGAGCAUUCCUGGUCGAGUGGUUGACCCGACGUGCUUCCACGUUUCAGUGGACCGUCGCCGCCGUCGUCUCUACUGGCGGGUACCUGCUGUACAAGCGGCGGCGCUGCAUUCGAGACGCUUGGAAGGGCCAGACCUGAUCAACUGCAGGAGGUACCCCUCCUUUAUCUGCCUUCUCUGUGUGAUGCAAAGUCCACCGCCAAGGAGAGAGAAGCACUAUCACGACACUCGAAUUCAAAUUAAAACGUGACCGAC